AUGGGAGCUUCUUUGAGAGAUCACUCAUCCUUUGUCCGGCCCGCGACUCGGGAUCGGCCCACGACUCGCGGCGAAGGGGAAAAUUCGCUGGUCGUCCCUAGCCGCACGUCGUCGCUGCACUCUCGCAUCACGCAACCCAUUCCUUCUUCUCUCAGCGUGAAACCCGCUCAGCGGACUCCGAAAACUCUUACUCAUGCAUACAUGGUCUGCGGUGUCGGCCGUGAGCCUUCACAAUGGGUCAAGGCACCGAUCCCCGACCAGGGCAAAAUUGGCCAUAUGAAAGGUGCUGUCGGCCAAUUCUGGCUUCCGGAGAUUUUGGGCAGCAGUCCCCGUUUAGAACAAGACAAUGAUAUUGCGAGAGCUCUACACUCGGCCAUGAGGGCUUGCUUCCCGCAUGAUGUGGAGAUCUGCACCGGAAAGAGCCAGCCUCACUGUGCUCACCACGCCUUUGUCCUCCAGCAGGACUCAUCUCAUACUCUGUACGGUAUCGCGCUGCGCGUUUGGUCUCGUGCAGAUGAGAAACGUGCCGAAACCAUCCGCGAGCUUCGCAAGAAGACCGAGCCCGACUUUUACGACAACCCCGAUGAGACCUACUGGAUCCCCUAUUGCUUAAGUUUCCUUUCCCGCUACCCUCUGUACGACCUCCUGGGCGACUAUCUCCGGGGCAUGUGGAUCCACUGGAACAAGGCCACCAACCUCUUCCACGCCGAGGAGGUUUCUCGCAUCCUGAGCUUCCCGGCUCCUCGCCUCAAUGAUCUGGUUCGGAUUGAUAUGAAGGACUAUGCCCUUUGCUACCAAUUUCCAUCGUCACCCACCGGCUUCCAAAAUUUCUCCAUGUGGCCCCUUUUCAACUGUCUGUCGAUUCCUAACAUCGUCGGUGUCGUCGAGGCCGCCGUUUCGCCUACUCGCCGAAUUAUCUUUGUCAGUCACUACCCCGCUAUGCUGACCGUGGCUUCCGAGACUGUUCGCUACUGCGUGCGUGUCUACGAAUGGAGUGGUCUGUAUGUGCCCGUUGUGCACGCCCGCCACGUGAAAGAUCUUGUCCAGGAACCUGGCCCCUAUAUUUUGGGUAUCACUGCUGAAUGCCGUACACUGUUCAACGCCCCAUCCGAUGCCCUGGUCGUUGAUCUGGACCGCAACUUUGUGCUGACCUCUAGCCCUCCCAACGUUCUCAACCAAGGCCAGCGCACCAAGUUCAUUAACCGUCUGACACAAGCCUUGAACGGUGAUGUGUCUCCUUCCGGUGUUCCCACUCACCUGCGCUCUGCCUACGCUGGUGGAAAGCUGAUCCCCGCCGGUCAAAUCAUUGUCAUGCGCGGCGAGGUCGAGAGUGUCCAGGAGCCCCAAUGGUGGAACCAGGAUGCCGUUAUGGGCGUAAUGGACCACGUCUGCGAGAAACUUGGCCGCAAUACCGGCAUGAAGGCCAUUUUCGGUGGCUCGGUCAAGAAGCCUCUGAUGACCAAGGUCUCGAUGCGUCACUUGAACGAGAUCGUUCGCGAGCGCAACCAGUACUCUCGGGAUGCCAUGGAGGCUUGGCAGGAUUUCAUCAACCUCAAGGGCCGUAUGGACACCGAGCUCAGCAAGGUCACCAAGCGCAACAACUUCCUUGUCGAGGAGCUCGAGACCUGGAAGCAACAAUUCCUCAAGUUCCAGGCCUUUGCUGAGCAGCUUACCAAGGAGACCUCCGAACUCAAGGUCAAGAUCGAGAACCAUAAGCGCGAGAGCCGUCGCCUGACUGGUCUUAUCGACCAGCAGAAGGAUGACGUUGCUCGUCUCACUCUCCGUCUUUCCGGCACUGAGAAGCAGCGUGAUGAUGCUCUUGAGGCUCUGGUUCUUCAGCAGGAGAUUGCCGAGGAGCUCGAGCGCGAGCGCAAGCGCAACCAGAAGGAACUCUCUGCUCUUAGCCACACUAACUCGACACUCACUCGCCAGCGUGAUGAUGCCCAGCGUGUCGUUCUGCACCUGCGCAGCCUCGUCUGCGGCCAGAGUCACCAUAUGGAGCACAUUGUGCGUUCCAUUGGUAGCAGAUCCGAGAUUGCUGAGAUGAUCGAGCAGGGUUACGCGGACGCCCCCGAAGAGUCUAUCGAGGACAUGUCGGAGGUUGCAGAGGAGACAUCGGUGGGCAAGAGCGGCAAAAGCAAAUCGGUAAAUGAUAUGAACCCCGUGCUCGAACAGCACCUGCUGAACCUUGGAAAGAACCACAAGUCCGCUGCUCGUCUGAGUAUGUCUGACGUAGCCGACCGUUACCUCCAGGACAAGACCGAUGCCAUCGCGGAUAUCAUCCGCAGCAUCAGUGACCAGUGCGCUGCCGCCGUCGAGGGUCUGCAUCUCGCCCAAGACGCCGAGCAUGAGGAGGUCGAUGCUUCCAAAAUCUCGUCCGCCAACAACUCUCCCCGUCUGGGUUCCGAAUACGAUGGUCAGGAUGGUCGCACCACCCGCGCUACCAGUGAAGUGAGCGACGCCGAUAACAACUCCCUGCACCCAGAAAACCGCCACUCCAGCAUUCCUCCCACCCCGGACCUCGUUCACAACCGCUCCAGCACAUCCAUGUCUAUGGUCAGCAGCUCAACCUUCCCCGAGCGUUCGAGCCAGCAGUAUGGGCCUGGUGACAUUCCCACCCGCAUCGUGGAGGAUGAUGACGAGCACGCCCACGACUCCGGUGAUGACCAACAGACCGAGACUGGCACUCUGUCCAAGCAGGCCAGUGAGGAUCUCAUGCGGCCCAACACUGCCCGUGUGAUCUCAUAA